CUGGACCUGAUCACAGACCUCCUGGGGACCCCUCCACUUACUGCCAUGCGCUCCGCCUGCGAGGGAGCGAGAGCCCACAUACUGCGCGGCCCGCACAAGCCGCCUUCCCUCUCUGUCUUGUACAUGCUGUCUGGUGAGGCCACCCACGAGGCCGUUCACCUCCUGUGCCGGAUGCUGCUGUUUGAUCCGAUGAAGAGGAUCUCUGCCAAGGACGCCUUGGCCCACCCCUACCUGGAGGAGGGGCGCCUCCGUUACCACACGUGUAUGUGUCACUGCUGCUAUUCCGUGUCCUCUGGACGCGUCUACACUGCGGAUUUCGAGCCCACGGCCGGCGACCGGUUUGAUGACUCUUAUGAGAAAAGCCUCACGUCUGUCUGGCAGGUUAAAGAACUGGUUCAUCGCUUCAUCACAGACCAACAACAGGGCAAGCGGCCUCCUCUGUGUAUAAACCCGCACUCAGCUGCAUUCAAGACCUUCAUCAGAUCCACAGCCUGGCAUUCCUCAAAGGUUUCCAAGAAGGAGGAGAGAUGAGGCGAUCGCUGCUGGAGUUCUGGAUAUCGUGAGAAUCUUCUCCUCCUCCGUCACCAUUCACAGCAUGAAGCAUCCGCCUGUCCUCCCACUGCUGUCCGUGAGGCUCGCCGCCUCCUGUUUCCCGCUCGCUCCUGUUCUCUCAUUUCCGGCUUCAUUAGAGAAUUUUUCCCCACUUCUUUUUUUCCAGAAUCCUGUGCAGUUCCAUAGUGGGAGGCGGUAGUGAUCGGCUGAGGGGACUUCUGUACGGAUAAAGGACGCUGUAAAUAUUUUCUAUACAGAGAAUCCUCUGCCUUGUCCGGCCCACCCUCCCCCAUCACUGCCUUUCUUGGGAGACCCCUCAACUUAGCGGGGAGCUUUCCAGACGGGGACCGCUCCUCCUCCCCCACCCACAUGCGGCUAAAAAGUGUUUUAUUUAUUCUACUGAUUUAAAGGAGAGGAAAGCAGUCAAUGAAAGUGCCCCCCCCCCCCCCCCAGCUUUACUGUAAGCGGCCAUAUUGUGGGCAUGACCAGUGGAGAGGCAUCACCGGACCAUUCCUCAGAUUGGUGAUGAUUCACAUUGUCCAUAAUGCAGCUGCCUCCAUUGGGGGAGGUGAGCGCGGCAUGGUGGGAGAUAUCGGUGCCAUGCGAAGCAGUGACAAUCUGGUCAUUGUGUGAGAUGCAGACAGCUGCCCCCUCCACCUUUUUUGGAGCAGUCACUUUAACAUGGGGGGGGGGGCGGGGGCGCCGCCUGUGAGUUUCCAGACGAUGGGGCAUCUACUUUUACCCCCCUACCCCUCGAAUACCAGACCUCCAACUCCACCUGGAUCUGAGCGAUCUGUGGGGAUUAUGUGAGACUGAUCCAUCCUCUAUGGCCUCAGAUAGCACAGACCCAACCCCUGGCUCUCUGCUGACAUCUUGAGUCUGCUGUUGGGUAUUGCAGCAGCUCAGUAUAAUGCACUAAGGGGGGCUCUGUGUUUGGCGGCAUAGCGCGGCCCCUCAGAAGGGAUCGUCGUGUAUUUUCACUGUUUUUUUUCCUCUCCCAUUCUCACGGAAUUUCUUGAUUUUUAACUUAUAGCUUGUGUACAGAUGUGUAUCACGUUGUGUGUUAGGGCGAAUGACAUUGUCACUGUACUAUGGUUUGACACCCAUUCAAUAAUCUACCUCUUCCAGUAAGUGUUUAUUUUUUAUUAUGAUUUACAAAUUGUUUUUGUGUUUUUUUUUUUUUUUUUUCUUUAAUUUCCUAAAUGUGAAAAAAACCCAGAAUCCCUGAAAACUUGAAUUUAGCGUCUUCAGGUUUUAUUUAAUGAAUGUUGGUCUGAAACCGGCAUCUUAAAUAAAUUCUGUCCUACCUUUUA